GUUGUGAUAUUAGCAUUUAACGUUUUUGAAACGGAACCAACACCAAAUUUGAAGGUUGGAACAAUCUAUGUUGCGUAAAUCGAAGUAGCGUAAAAAGCGUACCGAUUAUAUAAGCACCGUAAAUUUUAUUACCAAAGGAAAAUGAGUUAAUUUUAAAAAUCGUUCGGCGAGCGUUCCCUUUGGGCCACGGUGUUCCGUAAAUCCAAUUGUAACGAUUUGAAUUUCUCAACAAGUAUAGGUAGUAUAAUAAUUAACGGCGAAGUACCCAUUCAACGUUGAAACAAUAGAAUUUUCCAAUACCUGUGCUUCCAACGAAUUAAGCGGGUAAUUUCGCUUUCUAUUAUUAAAUUUAUCCAAUAACGCACGUCGCCUCAUUAUCCGUAGUAUGUUUCGUGGCAAAAACGAUUAAUUGUUUAUUGCCUGAUACGCGGGAAUGUUAUAAAAUGCGAAAUCCGAGCAGCGCAUUCUUUCGCUUUAUUACUUUUUAAUAAUUGGAAUAAGUAGAUCAAACCACGACUCCCACAUUUCUAGUGUCUAUCGCCUGCAUGCGGUGACAGAGCAGCGACCCUGUCUUAUUGCACAACACCUUUCUCCAUACUCAACGUAUGAAAGUUCUUCUAACCGAGAGUAGGGCAUACAAACAUAUAAAUACCGGUAAUUACUUUAUCAAUCAUCUGUAACAGGCCAGUCAUUGUGGGUGUAAAAUGAGAACAGUGCUUUUGUGUGGUGUGCUUUUAGUGAAAUGGGUUACGGCGCUGCCAAUCUCGCAGCCCGUCCUCCAGAGCCCUUAUGUGAACGCGCAGCAAGUGCAAGCCAUACAGUUUGUACCUAGGCUAGCGGCGCAACCCCAAAUACAGUACGUGCAGCAGCAGCAGCAGGCACUGCAACAGUCGGAUUCUGGAGAGAUUUAUGGGGGGUUGUCGCACAGGCCGUCCUCACCACCACCUCCGCCGCCACCACCCCCAAGCCCACCGGCGCAAAUUCAACAGCUUCUAUUACCCAGUGCCGUCGAUCGACAGGUACAGCAGGCGGCCGCUUACGUAGCCGGGCCCCAUUAUGCGCAACAAGUUCAGAACGUACAACUGCAGGGUCUGGCAAAUCAGGCACAAGACAUAGCGCAAAGAAGAGCUCACCUCACCGCUUUGAGAUUGAGACAAUUCCAGCCGCAACUUGCGCAGCAGCAAACGCAAGCUAAGCUCUUGGAUAACCGACCUCAACCUCAGGAGGUUCAAGCUCAGCCACAAGCUCCGGAGGAUUAUGAUCCGAAUCCUUCGUACCAAUUUGGUUUCGAUGUCAAGGACGAUUACUACACGAACUAUCAAAACCGCAAAGAGCAAAGAGACGGCAAUAAGAUAUCCGGAAGUUAUUCCGUCGUUGAUGCCGAUGGCUUCCUGAGAACUGUUACGUAUACGGCUGAUCCUAAGGAAGGUUUCAAAGCCGAGGUCAACAGGCAGCCAACUAACAUCGUGGUCAAAUUUCCCAAGCCGUUACAAGCGCAACCCAAACAGCAAUACCUACAGGAGAACGAGCCGCAAUACGGGGGACAAAGUCCACGGCUGAUCUACCAGCAGUACCAGCAAUAAGAUCCGAAAUAGAAAUCUAGUUAAUUGUAAUAUUUUGAUAUAAAAAGUUUGCGAAAUAAAAGCGAACGUUUUUUUUCCUAAA